AUAGCCCCUUUCACUGCCAGAGAAAUCGCUGUAAAAUCUCAAUGCACUCAAAAGAUUCUCUCUCUUCUUGUCAUUUCAUGAAGCAAAGCAUAAUCUUUCAUUGUCUCGUUUUGCGAUUCUCUCUCGUUAUACCCGAUGAAUCAAUUUGACGUGUAAAAAGACGGUAACUUUUUUUUUUCUUCUGGUUCCUCUCCUCCUCUCUUUGAUACUUUUGCCUAUCAGGGUUUCCCUUAUUCCGCUGUACCUUUGUCCUUUGCUGCUCUCCAACUGUCCUCUUUCUUUUACCCUCUCCUUGUAACUUUGUUAUCGACAAUGCGUUUUCGUCUCUGCCUUCACAGAGAUUCUUCGCGAGUGGAAUCGCAGAGCUAAAAGCUUUUCGAAAUCAUAAAGCUAUAGCCUUUUCCUCUGGGCCUCUCUGGAGGAAUUCAGGCAUUUGGUUUUCGUGGAAGAAGGAAAGUUUUUCCCCCUGGAUUUUUAGAUCGUGGGUUUUUGUGAAACCACCGGAUUAUGUUCUGGGUUUUGGAUGAAAUUUCUUGACGAAUGUCGAUUUCAGAUUAUGGGUUUUCAUUCAGUGGAAAAAGAAACUUCUUUUUCGAGAAUUUCAGGUGAUGGGUUCUUUUCUUUUGUGACAAGACGAUAUCUUUCCUGCGCGUUCUCCAAAGCUGCGUUGAUUUUUCCCUGCAAAGCUGUGGUUUGAGCCAAUGUGUUCCUGAGGAGAUAAAAAAAGAAGGCUUUUGUGUUUCUCUAUCUCUGCACUUUCUUCUGGGCUUGGGUUCUUAUAAUGGCGGGAGAAGUCAUGGAGACGGUGGAUAGAACGGCGCCGUCUGCGGCCAUAACAGAGAAAAGGGCGAAUAGGCUCGGAGGCUGCGUUGUCAUUUUCUUUCAACUCUUCGACUGGAACCGACGUUUCGCUAAACGGAAGCUUUUUUCACGCAAAUCUCUUCUUCCUGGAAAGCAAGCUUCCAAAAGGUUUGGAGGGAACGAGAAGAUGCCCAAAUCCAAGAUUAACUUGAUUGCUGGUGAGAACAGAGGAGGUUUCCCCAAGAGGAGUGAAACUGUGGAGUCUAGAAAGCACGAGAUGAGGCCUCCAGGCUUGGUGGCUCGGUUGAUGGGUCUUGAAUCCAUGCCAUCUCUUCACAGAGACAAAGCUAAGAAGAAGUCCUCAUUAUCACAGAUUGAUAUAAUAGGACAGGAAGACCAUUUGCUUGGCGAAUGUAAUGUAUUUAGCAGUAGUAGUAGUAGUAGUAGGGAAGAAGACUCCGGUUUCGAUAAAUCUAGACCGCAGAAGAUUCAGAAGACGACGACUGGGUUGUGUGAUCGGCGUGUGGUUAAGAAGCUUGGAUCCGAGGCUUUGCAGGUGAAGAACGUUCUGACACAAGUGAGGAAACAUCAUCAGCAUAGACAUCAGAACAAGAAGCUGGCGUCUCCUGUUAGAAGUCCGAGGAUUCAUAGCAAGAGUUCUAGGUUGAUUGAUGCCGCUGCUAGAAUUCUUGAACCAGGAUUGCAGGCUAAGAAAAGCGCUAAGUAUGCUAUUGCUUAUCCGGGUUCUAGGAGGUGUGAAAAUGUUGUUGGGAAAGAUCCAGUAGAAGUUGUCUCGUCUGAUUCCUUUGAAUUGAAACAUGGUUAUAACAUGGCUUCUUGUCAUAACUGUGGUAGUUUGGUUGAUGUUCCCCUGGUGGUUAAGGAAAAGGGAACCGACAUGGGACAAGUUCCAGAAUCAUCGCCCUUUUGUCUGAAAGAGAAUGGCGUGGCUCGUGGAAAUCAAGAACCUUGUGUGUUUGCUUCUACUAAAAACAUAAGGAGUGAGUGGCUAACUGAUGCUAAUAAUGAGAGUCGUGAAUUCAACGUAAUGCCUCACAAGGACAAAGAAAUGGAUUCCUCAGUGUUCAGAAACCGGAACAGUUUUCAGAAUCAGGUGUCGCAGAGGGAACGAUUUCCUCCAGAAGCUCGAGUGCACAUUUCGCAGAACAAGAGAUCUUGUUCUUCACCUGAAAUUGCAGCCUACCACAAAGCCAAGAGCUUUUUACCCAUGAAUCAUGGUUCAACCAGCAGGAACUGUCAAAGGGUCCCGAGCAAAACUGAAAACUCUGAGUUAGACUUGCAGAGAAGAAGAUUACAUACCAGAUUUGAGGAUUCUAAUAGGUCGGGUUUAAGCAGUCCGGCACGCAAGCGAAGGAUAGCCUCUGUCAGUGAACUGGACCAAGGUUCUGGCUUUGCGUGUUCAACCUCGAGAAAAUCAAAUGUUGAUGUCCUCAAUGCUUGUAGUAGCGGUAAUGGCUGCAGGGAAAGCGAUUUUGUUCAUAGCAGAAGCUGGAGAGAAGUGGAAAGGAGAAAAGGGGUCCAACCCGUUUCACAUCAGAUGAAUGAGAGAUACUCGAAAAUGCCCGACAAGAAAAGGCUGCCACUUGAUGAAGAUAUGAUCGGAUUGCUUCUGCAUCAAAGGCUGAAAGAACUGGCUUUUUCCCAGCAUGAAGAUGAAACUCUAAGAGAUGCUUCUCAGAGCAAAUCAACUGGCUUCUGUUAUUCAGCACUGGCCCAGCCUGUUAUCACCGAUGCAGAAAAAGCUUACGGGAACAAAGUUUCUCUGGGAUACAUGCACAACAGUGAAUAUACAAGCCCAGGCUCUGUUCUUGAAACUUCCUUCUCCAACGAGAGUUGCCUUUCCAGUAGCUUAGAUGAUAACUCGGGACAGUUCAGGCUACAACAUUUGGAUCUUCUUGAAGAUUCUGCAACUUCAAUCAAGAAAUGGACUACGAGUAACUUCCACUUCACCGUGAAUCUCAUCAGCCACGUCUCGCACGUUUUGAAUGGUUUCAGACGCAUGGGUCUCAUAUCAACACUGAGCAGAUUCACCAAUGCAAGAGACGUUAUUAUCCAGACCGAGCUAUUGUUCGGAACCCGAGAAGACUUUCUCAUCCGUCCAAAGCUCCUCGACGAGCUCAUGAUUCAUGCCGCCAGAUCCAAGAAUCUGGUUAAACUCCCAGGUUUAGGGUUCCUGGUGGAUGCCAUGAUCGAAUACUUGGAACUAAGAUUCUGCAGACAUAUUUCCUCGGGUGCCAAGCAAUGGAGAACGUUAUUACCCUUGCGCAUUGAUUCGGAUGGGCUGAUACGGGAAGUUCUUGAAGAGGUGUCGAAGUGGGCACAGAUGAAUGGGAUGUAUCUUGAGGAGAUUAUCGGCAUAGAUAUGGAGAAAUGGCAAGAUUUUGAAGCCCAUGUGUCUGAACUUGGAACAGAGAUUGCUUGGGAGAUACUUUACAGUUUGGUCGGAGAGUUAGCCGUCGAUCUUGGAAAAUGCUCGCCGGUAAACCACCGGCGUUCGGACCCUUUGGUGUACUUGAACUAACAGUCUUCUCAUUUGGUUCAACUGUAAAAUCAGAAAGAAUAUUAAAGUGGAUUGAUUGUUCUUUUAUCUUCGGAGAAUCACGAGUUCUGAUUUAUGAUUC